AUGCAGUCUGUGGCACCGCGCGCCGGCGAGGACGGUGAUACCGCCUUUUUGAAUGAGCUCCUGCGCGCGUAUCAGAAUGGAGAGUCGCUGCCGGAGGGAAUGCCCCCGGAACUCACGACGCUGCUGCAGCAGGCGGUGUCGGGGGGCCCGGAGGGCGCAGAGGCUCUCGCGGGGCUGGGCGGGGCGGGCGGGGCGCCCCAGGGCGAUUUCGUCGAGGUGGUGCCGGACCCAGCGUUCGUGGUGAAGACGGUGGACGAAACCGGGCGGAAAGUCUUCGUGAACAUGUGCGGGUCGGAGCACGUGCCUGCGGCGGGGGACUGGUCUGGAGGGCAGGUUCCGCUGGAGGUGCAGGAGGCGCUCGAGAAGCAGGAGAUGACGGAGCAGGACGCACAGGUCCUGCGCUUCCCCAUCUCGAUGGGCGAGGUCCGCAACGACCUGGACAACAAGGGCCAGCCGUGCAGCGUCAUCGAUUGCAUCUUCAACGCCAAAGUCAUCACCAACUGCGGCAGCAACCGCAGGCUGAAGCACUUCCUCGUCGACCUCGCCCUCCAGUGGGCCGCACACAAGCACAAGCUCGACCUCGACCCCAAGUUCAAACUCCCCCGUCUGACAUACAAGGGGGAGUCCCCCGUUCCGCAGCGGCUGCGCGCGGACAAGAAGCCCGUCGUCCAGGAGAUAACGGAGGUCGAGGAGGAGCCGCAGUUCCCGCUGCUGACCAAGCCGCGCAAGCCCGGCGCGGCCACCGUCGCGCCGCCGCCCGCCGCGCCGCCUGCUGCCAGCCCCGCGCAGGCACCGGACGACGCGCCGGCCGCCCCCGCCGGCCGCAUCGAGCACUCCGUGGAACUCGUCGGGCGCCCGGUCGAGUGCAUGGUCGUGUCCGCGAGGCUGCCGUCCGCGGCGGCAGAGGCUGCACGGAGGGACCAGGGGGCGACACUGGGGGUGUCUGCCGCGGGGGACAAGCUCGUUCUGAGCGCACGCGGGGCGCCCGACGCGACUGUGCAGCUGCCGUUCGCGGCGGACCACCGCGCUGCCAGCGCAGGUGUCGACCUGGCGAAAGGCACGCUGCGCGUCACGCUCCCGGUGCUCCCCGUCGCGGCGCACUUCGAGCAGAUGCGCCGCGAGGCCCCGCACGCCGUCGGAGCCCUCUCCUUCCAGUCAGACGCCCUAGCACCCUAG